ACCACACCCAUGGCCUGCAACAACAUCUGCCGUCCCUGCGGACCCACCCCGCUGGCCAACAGCUGCAACGAGCCCUGUGCCCUGCAAUGCCAGGAUUCCCGUGUUAUCAUUGACCCUUCCCCUGUGCUGGUCACCCUGCCAGGACCCAUCAUGACCUCCUUCCCCCAGAACACCGUCGUCGGAUCCACCUCCUCAGCUGCCGUUGGCACUGAACUCAGUGUGCAGGGACAGCCCAUCUCGGGUGGAUUUGGUGGCUUUGGCUAUGGCCUUGGCUAUGGCCGUGGAUUUGGCUACGGGCUGGGAGGCCUGGGCUGCUAUGGCAGAAGGGGUGGCUACAUCUGCUAAGGGUCCUCAGCACCACCCCUGACACCACCAGGUUGGGAUUCUGACAACAUCUCCUGCAAGUCAAGCACCUGGGCUGAUCUUCGCCCAUCUUGCGCCUCACACUGGAUCCCCUCUGUUUCAUUCUUCCGUCUCUUCGCUCUUUUGCCUCAAUAAAGUUUUUCUUUAUUAAAGCCUGAAAUGCCUCCUCUUCCCUUUUGAAUUCCAGUGGUCGCACAUCCUCACCUCACACAGUGCCCGGGCUCAACGUUGGUGAAAGGAAAAAGGGCACAACACUUUUCUCUAGGAAAUGUGUCACCAACAGUAACAAACAAGACCUGUACAGGAAACAGAGAAGGGGGGAAUCUUCCAAAAUAUUUUACAAGCCAAACACCUGCUAUACCAAAGGUUUUGACACAUUUACGCUCUCCUGCUCAUGGCUCUGUUGAAGUCUCUCUUGGCCAGCACACACUUGAUAAAGUCUCUUCCCAAGACUCUCAAGCCUUCUGAACAAACAGUCAUAAAAUCUUCCACUUGGGCAGGAACUCGAAUGCAAGUGCUUCAUUCCCUUCUGCUCAAGCAGAAUCAUCAAGAGCUGAGUUUCCAGCACCAUGGACAGUUCAUAUUUUGCACUCCCAGCAGUCUCAACCGCCUCUUCCCCUGUGUCCAACACACUGGAAAACUCUAGCUUUCUUUUCCCACAGAAUUCCAGCUGUUUUCCCUUGUGCCCAAGGCUUCUUGUCCUCCAUGUGUGCAUUGCUGAGAGCAGCCAGGCUGCCUCAAAUUUAUUCUCUGCCAUCAGGGAUUUGCAGACACUGAUGACACCGCCCUGUCCAGCCUUGUCCCCUGGGAGUCCCAGCUCUCACAGCCUCUCCUCUGGGAAAGAUGCUCCUUUAGAAUAUUGCUGGCCCUGAAAUGGUCUUGAUUCACUAAAUUAACUUCAUUUUCACACAGGAGUGGCCAGGGCUGUACACAACCCCUCACAGGUGACCUUGCCAGUGCUAAACAGAUGGCAAGAGUCAGCUCUCCUCACUUGGUCAUAACACUUUUCCAGAUCCUACCCUGGACACUUGAGGUCCCUGUUCUCACAAUGGUACAGGGACAACUCCUGCUCCAUUUCUUCUCCACCACAACCACAAAGGCUUUUUCAGAGAAGAAAACAACUGUUCCAACUGACACUCAGACAUUUUAUCUCAUCUGGGAUGACUCCCCUGACACGAAACAGGGUUUAGAGCUGUUAUUGCUGAGCUCCAGCAGAUGUCCAGGAUCACUCAGGUAUUCGGUGUUGGCCAAAAGGAUCCAACUCCUGGGCUACAGCACUGGGGACUUACUGCCAUCUGGACUUUGGGGCACUGAUCACAAGCCUCUGGACCUUCAGACCUUUCUCAGGCCACCACACUGGGCACUGACACAACUCAGACUUGUCCGGUUGUCGAGAAUCAUGGAAAGCUCAUCUCCAAGAACACUGUGCCACCUCCAAAUCCUCAUUCUGACAAUCAGAUAUUGCCCAGAGAACUGACCUCACACCUCAGCCCAAGUCAGGACCUAAAAUGCCCUGGAUAUCAAAACCUUAUAAUUAAGAGGGGUACCAAGAAACCCAAAGAGGAUGAUCAACACGAAAAACAAGGUUUAAUGUCAGAAUUUGCCAUACUGGGGAAAUGUGAAGGAGGGAAUGCGAUCGAAGGGGCAACACCCGAUACUUGGAACAGCUGGAAAGCUCAGACCAGCCUGACAGCGCUGAGAGAGACUGGGAGCAGCUCUUCACAACACGCCCACAAACCACAGCACACGAGGGCCAUGGGAUGACCUAAAUGAUGACACCCCAGCUGUCCAAAGUUUUGGUCACAUCUUCAACCUGCCCUGACAUGACCCAUCAAGAGCAGAAUUUGGUCGGUAUUAAAAGAAUUAAAAGAAUUAGAAGAAUUAAAAGAAUUAAAAGAAUUAAAAGAAUUAAAAGCUGCCACCAAGGUUGUGGCCUCAAAAGAAGGACGUGGAAUCACAAAAUUUAAAAAGACACGUCAGAAGCAUGAGAGAAGAGGGAAGAGAAUCACACAGACUGUCCGUUAGUAAUUAUUAGGUUUUGCUCAGAGGAACACAAUACUAACAUUUAUAGAAAAUAAGUUAUGAAAGCUUGUGUUUUGAAUGCGGAAUAAGGGAAUUGAGGUCACAGCCCUGGCAAAAAGAGAUCAGGCGCUAGUUUGUUGUUUGUUUACUGGAUUUCAUAACCAGGUCAAGGAAUACACUUCAAAUGACAGAGAAUGUUGUCACGUAAAUUUGAGAAAUACAAAUGGAGCAAAACAUUGGAACGAGUUCAGCCUGACCACGCUCUCAUUUUCCAGAUCCUGUUUCAAUCCCAUUCAAGACAGAAGGCCAAGAGCUCUUGUUCAUCCAUCACAAAGAAAUCUCAAGCACUGGGACCUUGCCAAGCUGUUGCAGAGUGACCUCCCCAGGACAUCAGCAGCUCCCUCAGCAUUCCUGGGUGCAACCCAAUGACUGAUGGACACCCAGUGGCACAGAAGAGGAGCCCAGUCUUCACAAGGCACCGACAAACCACAGCAGACAAGUGCCACAAAAUGACCUCACUGAUGACAUUGCAGAUCUCCAGGGCUCUGGUUGUUUAUUCAGUC